AUGUCUUCUGCUGCUCCAGUGAAAAGAAGUCUACGUCUUCAGGAAAAGUUCAAUAUUUUUGAUAAGGAUUUAUCGGCGAAUGUAGAAGAGCACAAACGCUACCAACCUCGAGGUACCAUCAUUCCCCUAGGACUUGGACACGAAUCCUUCAAGUUCGAAAGCAGGGUUAUUCAAAAAGCCGUGAGAGAACAGGCAAAGCUGAAAGUGACGAUGAACAGUGGGAAAUCUCUCCAAAAAGCCGACAAUUCUGUAAAAAUCGGUCCUGAACAUCAGGCUGAUUUGGAUUCAUUCACCCCGAAAGCUACCGAUGAGAUGGAGCGAGAGGAACUGAUGUGGACCCCACCGACGAGAGACAUGGACUAUCAGAAACUCAAACAUUAUUAUUUGGAUCCAGUUUGGAGGCAAUUUGGUGGUCAAGUGUCAAUGGAAGUUGGGCUUCAGAAUUUGAUAGAAUGUGGAUAUGACUUCGCAAAAGGCUUGGAUAGUAUAGAUAAGAAGCUCAGAGAUUUGCCACAAAGACUGAAGCCGUUGGCCAAUAUUCAAAUGAAGAGUUUCGAAAAACUGCUAAGUGAGAAAACUGAGGUUCCCUUGAGAACACUCCAAGAGCGUGCUAUGCGAACUUAUCACAUAGCAGAGGUACAACAGUUUCGUUGUGCCAUGGAAAACUACAAGAUGGGAAUAAAAAAACAGAGAACAUUGCCUGUGUCCUAUCGUGAAGACUCCAGAAACAUUCGAAGGGUUGUGGAAUGGAAGAAUCUGGAGAAGGAAUAUAGAAGAACGAUCAUGAAAGUGGAACUGGAGCAAAUUCUGAACGCAAGAAAUCUGGAAAGACUGAUGAGAAGCGAGUUGACUGAUGAGGAGAGAGAUAUUAUUGAGACAAGAUUUCUACCACAUCGAGGGAAGGAAUUGACGGAGAUUCAGAUGAGAGAAAAUGGUCAGAAAAUGAAGGAGAUGUUGAAGCCAACACCAUUGCCAAGUUCAGAAUAUCGAAUUCGUUGCUGUAAAGCGAGUCAAGAGGUCGUGAAGAUUCGAGAAAUGGUUUCCCAACAGUCUCAAAUGUUUAUGGAACCGCCAAUCGAGAACUUCACAACAUACCCAGAGCAUCAUGAGGAUGCGCUCCUUUCGCCAGAUCUCUCGGAAAAUUCCACGGUUCAGCUGCUCGAUCUCUUGAAGCCUAUUGGUUCUGACGACGAAGGAGGAAUCCCAAAAAAUGAGAACACUGCCGGAGCCCCAGAAAACCCAAGAACAACCAACCUUCUGGAUCUAUUCAAGAUGAUCAGUGGAUGCUUGGCAUUGCUCCUGAUCGGAUGUCUUCUUGUCGUCUUCAUCUUCUACGUCGGUUUUUGGAUGCGAAAAAUGGUCCGCUGGACCCGAAGAAAGAUCCAAGACCGUCUUCGAAAUCCGCAAGAAGCUGAAAUGGAAAUGUUCGACUUCUACAUACGACCCAUCUAUGGACACCUCCACCACCUCUCUUUUCACAAGGGUCUUCCAAAUGCUCAUCAAAACGAUGCUUAUGGUUUUCGGUGUAUAUAA